AUGGCAGGCUUUGGUUGGUCCGCUGGUGAUUUAGUGGCCGCUAUUUCGGUGGCUGUGAAGGUAUCCAAAGCACUGAAAGAUGCUGGCGGGGCAAAAGAAGACUACCGCGAGAGUGUUGCAUUUCUGGAAAGCUUGAGCGUUACUUUGCAGGUACUGCACAAGUAUUAUGGAGCAAACUUGAACCAGAAUGACUUCUCAGCCGUGGAAGCCCAAAUGUUGCUGAUACAGGACCCGAUCGAUGCCUUCACGAAAAGCGUGAAGCUCAAAUAUGAACCCGAACUCGGCACUCAACCAAGAGCUGGCUACCGUGCGGGGUUGAAAGGUGUUUCGAAGAAGAUUCAAUGGGCAUUAUGGAUGAACAAGGAAUCUGAGAGGCUCAGCAGCAAGAUCUCGACUCCCUUGGCUGCUAUACAAAUGCGUCUAAGCAUUCAAAUCAUUUCCAUAGUCUCCGCCGUGCCAGGAGAUAUUUCUACCAAAAUUGAAGGUGUCAUGAGAACCGCAAUUCCAGAACUGCUCGAGCACGCUCUGGCCCCGCUCAGAGCACUCGCAAAAAAUAGUCGCAUGGAUCAGCUUACCGCUAGCACCAUAAUUGAACAGAAACUGGACUUGUUACCCGACAUUUUGACCAGAAGUCGGGAGCCGGAGAUGGAAGCAACUCGAACACGCGAUAAUCGACGGUCUCAGGAAAUGGACGAGCAUUAUGAGUCCUUGUCGAAUAAGAUUAUCCAGGCGCAGAAUCUUUUGCAGCAUGGGAUCGCUGCAGUUCCUCGGCAGUUGUCUAUUACAGCGGACUCAGUUAUUCAAGAACUUCAUGUACUAUCCGAAGCCACAGUCCACCGUAACAGGCUCAUAGACCACAGACUUGAGAAUAUACAAAAGCAGCUCUGUGACCGGGAGAGGGUCUCGAAUAUCAACCGACGUAGUAUAAAUGUGCCCGGAAGUAGAAAUCAGACCAUGCCUAACGACAAUGCGCUGCUUGAGGCAGUUGAAGCAACUGCUAGUGGGUCAAUUCGAGCACAAUCUAGCUUUUACCUGGCAGACAAUGCUGGAAGAGAUCCAUGGAGAGAAGCUGGCGAUCAUUUUCACGAAUUCAUUCGCCUGCUUCUUCAUGAAUUCUACAGACUUUUCAUUCAAUUAUGGUAUGUUCUUCAUGUUCAAUACUACCUACUAGGGAUGGUUGGUCAUGGUCCAUCUCUUCCAAUGUAUGGUUGCCUGGACGUCGAGCUAACAAUCACGAGGCCGCUGUUCACAUCAUUUCUUAUUCAGCUAAAGGUCAUGAAGCGAUGCAUUGUCCGUUUGCCCAGUCUUUUGUCUAAAGAAGAUAUCACUUUCAUCGAUAUUCUCGGAAAGUCCAGAAGGCUACCGUAUACGACCUAUGGAAAUUUGGAGACGUUCAAUAGGUUUCUCCGAGCUCACUAUCAAGGCAUACCAGGAGAAAGUAAGAUUCUCUCGCGUGAGUACACAAUCACAAGUCAAGAUGGCCACUUGGUCCAGGGGAACACGUGGCAAAAAUAUACCCAACCUAAUGCUGUCAUAUCUAUGGCUAUCGUCCUAAGCUUUAAUGCUCUUUGGGGCCGAUGCCCAAAAUGCGGUUUCCCCGUAAAUGAAAAGUAUAAUUUUGGCAGAGCAAUUAUGACCACUUGUUCAAAUCGUGAUUGCUUGUUGGAAUUCUGUACUAUAGCCAAAGGAGUUACCUCCUCUACCACAGAUGGUCGAAAGAUACGCUUCGAUUCAGCGUCUUCGAGCUCUUCCGUGGAACACAAUACAGGAUUCAAUCCUCUUAGCAUCCCAACCGCAUCAACGAUUACUUGGCCCAAAGCUCCCUUUCCUAUUUGGCUUGAGGUCGCCAAAUCUCUGAAGAAAGUGGAAUACUCCAACAUGAGACAAAAAGUAGAUGCGCUCGCAUUGUCUAGCCCUGUUAAUCAGAACAUACAUUUUACAUCGGAUGCACCGGAGCCUUACAGGCAUCUUUUGCACGCGGAAAAGAUUGAAAUCCCGAAUAGACAAGUUUCGGAGAUAGAAACUUUCACCGAGCUUGUGACAGCACGGAAAAAAGAAAUUGCUGAUCUGGAGCACUACUUCAAGCGAGUCCAUUGCAUCUCGGAAUCCCCUCCACCUUGUCGCCUAUGUUCUUUCAAAGAAUAUCGACACCCAGAUGACAUGUGGUUCAAUGGAAAUGCCACAUCGAAUCUCAGCAUUUGA